AUGGGGCGCACAUACAAUGAUGCCAUCACGGCACUCAACUCGCUACAAUCAAACUACUCAAUCGUCCAAAAGAUUCGAAAAUCAGGCGGACGGAUGAACGAGACCGCAUUGAAUGAGAUGGUAGAAUGGUGUGAGAAAAUCGGAUACAAGCCGUCGGACUUCAACAAAUUGAACUUGAUCCAUAUCGCAGGUACCAAGGGCAAAGGCUCUACAUGCGCGUUCAUUUCUUCGAUUCUCUCCCAGUACACCCCCGCGAGCGGGCGGCAAACCUCACAAAACUCGAAUCUCUCGCCAAAUUACAAAGUUAGCAAAGUUGGCCUAUAUACAUCCCCGCAUCUUCGAUUCGUGCGUGAACGUAUACAGAUCAACAAUACCCCCCUAUCCGAGGAGCAAUUCGCUCGGUACUUCUUCGAAAUAUGGGAUCGGCUGGAAGACACUGCUCGGAAGGCUGGCAUGGACCCGGCUGACCCCGCGACGAAACCAAUUUAUUUCCGAUACCUCACGUUGAUGGCAUGGCAUGCGUAUUUAAGAGAAGGCGUGGACGCAGCUAUCAUAGAAUGUGGAAUUGGAGGGGAAUAUGAUAGCACGAAUAUUCUGGAUAGUCCCAUUGUUACUGGCAUCACGAGUUUGGGAAUCGACCAUGUUGAGCUUCUGGGGAAUUCAAUUGAACAGAUUGCUUGGCAUAAGGCAGGAAUUAUGAAACCGGGUUCAAUCGCCUACACUGCCCCCCAGCCAGAAAGCGCUCUAGAGGUUAUAAGGAAGAGAGGGAAAGAAAGAGGAGUUGACGUACACGUUGCGACGGGCCAUCCAGACCUGAAGCCUGGUAAUAUUCGACUCGGCUUGUCCGGUGAUUUUCAGUACAAAAACGCAGAACUUGCGGUGGCUGUGGCAACUUCAUUCCUACGCGCUCGAGGAGCUGAGGGCGCUCCAUCCUACGCUGACAAGGAGCCCCUGGCAGCACCGAUCAUACGAGGUCUAGAAAAUACCCGCCUGGGUGGCAGAUGCGAGAUUAGAAAAGAAACAAACAUUACUUGGCACAUUGACGGAGGUCAUACGUUGGAUAGCAUUGAAGCCACGGGUAGGUGGUUCUCUUCACAACCCUAUACCCACAGCUCUCCAGCGGGAGGACAUGACAAGCCGCAAGUCCUAGUGUUCAACCAGCAAUCCCGUGACAGCUCGGCACUUGCAAAGGCGCUUCAUGAUACACUAUCUGCGGGAAACUGCUCAUUUACCCACGCCGUAUUCUGCACAAACAUCACAUACAAAGAAGCGGGAUAUCAGCCAGAUCUUGUGAGCAUUAAUACCAACGCCACUGAUGUUGAGAAAUUGAGUGUACAAAAUACUCUGGCAGAGACAUGGAGGAAUCUGUCACCGAACACCACUGUUGUAGUGAAAGGCACAAUUGAGGAGGCAGUCCAGUAUGUGCGGAGUUUGGCCUCUCGCCAAGAUGAUACAGUCUCAGCUCUUGUGACGGGGAGUUUGCAUCUUGUUGGUGGCUUGAUUGAGGUAUUGGAGACCAAAACCACACAGCAAUAA